GUCAAAUACUGAGAAAUAUUGGUCAACAAAAAACUAUUUAUGUAUUUAUUUAUUUUAAGCUAUAUUUUAGGCUAGUAACAAACAAUCGAACAAUGUAAGCCAUACAACAGGAGUGCAAAUUAGCAUUGUGAAUUGUUUUCCUGGAUUUUCUUCAUUUUUUACAUAAAACUAUUGCAUUUAGUGUCCAGAGACUUAAAAGGACUUUUUACGACAAAAAAUUGAGACAGCUGUUCCGUACAAAUCGAAGAAUGACGUCGUCUGGAAAAUCUUAGAUUAUUCAAAUCUUGUUGAAAAAUCAACUAAGUAGAAGACUAUCGAUAAAUAAAAAGUAGAUUUAUUUUCUCUGCAAUUUUCCGGAUUCUUCACCAAAACAAUGGGAAACUGCUCCGCAUGCUUGAAACCAUCCGAGGACCAGAGUUCGUCAAUGGCAAACACUACAAAUAACUACGAUGAAAAUGUGACGAAUCAACAGCAACAAGGUUCUGUGCAUAAUGUUGGAAUGCAACAAACAGUAGCUGGAAAUACUGUGAUAUCGGUGAAAAAUGAACAAGAAAAUUAUCAAUUAUUAUCAAGACCACAUCACGGAGAGAGUGGGGUCUCUAAAAAUGAAAAGAUAAAAAGUGGAAGUGGGAAAAAAGGAUCGAUUUUCUCAAAUGGAAAUAACUUGCAAGAUGUGCCUUUAUUAGGCAAAGAUACUCAAAUAUCAGACAAUGCAUUGAAUAAGUUAUUUGAAGAGUACAAAGAUGAAAGUGAUGACGCUAUUUUAUCGGAAGGCAUUGAACGCUUAUGCAUAAAUUUGGGUUACAAACCUGAUGACUUUGCAAUUCUAGUGCUCGCGUGGUGUUUGGAUGCCCAACAAAUGUGUUGUUUCACAAAGUCUGAGUUCAUUCAAGGUUUACAAAAGCUUAAUGCAUCUUCAUUGGAGGAGAUUAAACUCCGACUACAACAGAAAAUUGAGAAACUGGCUAUCGACCCGGAACUCUUCAAGCAACUUUAUCGCUUUACGUUUCGUUUCGGUCUCGAGCCUGGUCAUCGUACUUUAUCACUUGAUAUGGCGAUCAUAUUAUGGCGUCUCGUUUUUACUUUACACACUCCUCCAAUUUUAGACAGAUGGCUGAACUUCUUGGAGCAAAAUCCCACAAUAAGAGGCCUCACACGUGACACCUGGAACAUGUUUUUGAAUUUUGCAGAGUCUUGUGAUAUUUCGCAAUAUGACGCGGACGAAGCUUGGCCCAGCUUGUUUGAUGACUUUGUUGACUACGAAAAAGAUAGACUCAAUCAAAAUGUGACGAAAGAGACGACUGCAAGUGUUGACUCGUGAUUUUGUAACCAAACUUUAACAUUAACCAACUAUAAUACAAACAGAAAAGUAAGGUGUAUUUAGCUCUAUAAUGAUUUUUUCGGACCAAACUGCCAAAUGGACCUCAAUGCUUAUUAAAUACUAAACACAUUUUGGCUUCAGUAAUCUAAAAUAAUGGUUUAAUCUAAAAUAUAGGUAUAACAAACUUGUGAUUUAAAAAAAAAUACAUACAUACAACAAAAAUCGAUCGUGUUUGUAACCGUGUUUAAGACAAGUUUCUAUUUCAAAAUUGACAACAUUUUUUCAGGCUCAAUUCAAUAAAAAUAUGGUUUUCCUUGAUUUAUUAUGCAGGGACAUGUAUUAAAACUUAUACUUAUUUU